UAGUUUUGCUUUGUGAGUUUUAGAUCUAGCUUGGGCAGUUUUCAGGGCUAUUUGAUCCUUCUAGGAUAUCCACUGAACAACCGAGAAGCUCAAAAUCGACUGCCCGCGGAAAUUUUCUCUCGCUAGCGAAACGCGGGUGGUGGCCCGUCUGAAUCACUUUUUAAGCAUAAAGGGUUUCUUUUAUCAUGGCUUGCUUUGCUAUAUCAUUCAUUUGCUUGCCUUUUUUCUUGGAAAGUUGGGCCAAUUUCUGGACAAAAAAGGGUGGUAAUUGCUUUGGUGAUGGUAAAAGCCAAUAAGAUGUUGGCAGACAGAGGCAACACAAGUGAAUACCUUUUACACCAUCCCAUAAAGGCCAAUGCACCAUCUCCUAGAAAAUCAAUGCAGGAAUUAAAAGGCCUUCUUCAGUCAAUAACCUAGAGCUUUUUUCUUGUGUUUAUUUUCUUUUUUAUUUAAAGAUCUGGACGAAAGAUAAGAGUCUCUACUCUGGGUACUCCCAACAAAUUGCUAUCCAACCGGCUCUAUCUCUGCUCAUGAGAUAGUUUCAUUCAGCAGAGAGUGGGAAAGUUUAUUCCAGAUCAGUCUUCCUAGGUUCUGCAGUGAAGUUUUUUGGCCAGAAUGCUUUUAGAUUUUAGGAGCAGGCAUUAGCUUGAAGGUCCAAAUUCUCUUGCUGUUCGGGGAAAAUCUUUAACUUUUGCAUUGAGCAAAACUUUCUGCAUUGCUAUACGGAUUGUUUUGUUUUCUCCUUUUUGAGAAUCAAACCAAGUAGCAGGUCAAGUGUUUCUUGUUGACCAAUCAUUUUUCUAAUCCUUGCCUGAAGUUUCUUAGGUAGAAGAAAUGCCGAGACCGAGCAGGGUGUCAGAAGUGCCUCAGAGGCAGUCUCCCAGAGGCUCACUUCAGCUCAGAACUUCAAGCUCGGACUCUGAUAACUCACACCAUCGCCCCAUCCCUGAUCGAAGCCCUAAGGUAGGAGAUCGCCGUUCUCCACGAGGUGCCCAAUCUGAUUCAGUUAAUCAGAAGAAACUGGGAACUCGCAUUGCGGAUCUGGAAUCUCAGCUCGGCCAAGCUCAAGAAGAGCUGAAGAAUCUGAAAGAGCAAUUGGUCUCAGCUGAGGCUGCAAAGAAAGUAGCUCAAGAAAAGCUUGAUAAGAAAACCAAGACAAAGUUUGUACCAGACUCGGUUGAUGUCCCUGAAAAGCAUCAUGCAAAAGAAGUUCAAGAAUCGAACAAACCAAAGAGCAACCCUUUAAAUGACGUUCCUGAUGAGAACCAGCAGGAGACUGAUGUUUUUGAAUUACCAGUCGAGAAGGUUGCUUUGGAGACUCAAAUAGAGGUCAGCCAACUGAACAAUGAGAUAGAGAAGGAAACAAAAGCAAUUGACUUACCAGCAGAGCCACCUGUAUCUGUGGAGCCACCCCCACACCUGCUUCAGUUGGCUGAGAAGGAGGAUGAGAUAAAUUUGCUUAAAGGUAAGUUACUAGAAAAGGAAAAGGAACUUGAAGUAGCUGGCCAGCAAACUGAAAACCUGAGAAAGCAACUAGACGAGGCAACAAUGAUGAUAUCUUCUGCUCAGAGCAAAGAAGAAGAAAUGGCCUCAAAGCUGAGCCAGCUAGAAGAGGAACUUAAAGCGAGCAAAGAAAACAACAUCCAAUUGAAGGAGAAAUUAGAAGCUGUGGAAGGAGGUAAAGAAGAACUAGAAGUGGAGAUGAAGAAAAUGAGGGUGCAGACCGAGCAGUGGAGGAAAGCAGCAGAUGCAGCAGCUGCUGUUCUUGCUGGUGGUGUUGAAAUGAAUGGGAGAAUUCCUGGAAGAUGUGGUUCCAUGGAUAAGCAUUUCGGAGGCGUUUUUGAGGUGCCUCAUGCGGGUUAUGCUGGUUUUGUGGGUUCACCAGGAAAUAUUGAUGAUCUAGACGAUGGCUUUGGAGGUGGGAAGCGAAAGAACUCUGGGAUCAGAAUGUUCGGAGAUUUGUGGAAGAGGAAGGGCCAGAAGUGAUCCAUCAUCUCUGUGCUCCAUUACCCUAUAUAUAGUUCUGGUGUCAUUAAUGGUUGAAAACGAGGAAAAUUGGCGCCUGUUAUUAGUCUUUUGGGUUUCGAAGUGCUAGUGCUUCUUGUUCUCUUUUGCUAGGAUGGUUGGCAUACUAUAUGCAUGUAUAUGUCCAGUAGCAAAACUAAAUCUAAACCACUAUGGCACUUGCUCAAUUUGUUUGAGAGUUCUGAUAUCCGUCUUGAUCGUUUGUUUUGUUUCUAAGGUGCAGCUUUGAUCCACAGGCAGAUAUCGCCAUCUGCAAGUUCAGAUUCCUGCUGACUUGAGAAAAUAAAUUGAGACUAUACAGAGUGUGGGAAAGGACGUAUGCGAGAAAGUUGAACAUCAAGACUUUGAUAUCUUGGCUAUCGACAUGAGCAGCUGGUUGUAGAUGAAUAUUGCAUAUUCCAUGUUUUAAUAUUCUUCAAUCCUCAGUGCACAAGCUCGUCUUCGACAGAAUCUGCAUCUAAGUAUACUCUUGAUGUAAUGCUGUUCUAAUGAUCCGUCGGUUUGAUUCCAAGAAACCAAUCUCUCCUGAUGAAUGAAAUGUGAUUCCCACUGAA